GGGGCUGCCGUGCGGCGGCAGCGGAACGCGGCGGCGGGCGCGGGUUGCGGAGGGCCGGUUUCAGGCGGGCACCGCACGGCGCGGCGCCGACAUGAGGGAGCUGCCGCCGGGCCCGGGGAUGGAGAGCGACAUUUUGGACGCGCUGGAGGCCUUGGGGUACACGGGUGCCCUGUUGGAGGAGGAGGCCCUGAAAAAAGCAGCAGAAAAUGGAUUGUCUUCACCAGAAUUUUUUGAGCUUUGCAUUUGGUUAGGUUCCCAGAUAAAGUCACUUUGUAAUAUGGAAGAAAGCAUCACUGCAACAGAUGGUGUGAAAGAUAUAGAGAGCUUCCAGCUUGAAAUUAGUGGCUUUCUUAGAGAAAUGGCUUGUCCGUAUUCAUCACUGGUGUCUGGAGACAUCAAAGACAGAUUAAGAGAGAAAGAAGAUUGUCUUAAACUCCUGUUAUUUCUAAGUACAGAACUUCAGGCUUUAAAGAUACUGCAGAGCAAGAAAGUUAAAGGCUCUCAUUUGGAAAAGCACAAUGAAGUUAUUCAGGAAAUGCAAACUAUCUGUGAUGCACUGGGUCUGCCAAACUCCUCAUCUUCUGGUAUUCCUCCCUUGUUAACCAGUGUGGAACAAAAGGUGAAGGACAUUCUCUCAAAAGUUAAAAAUAACCCUGUGGGGAAGUCACUGCUAACAAAACCUCUGAACUCUGACCAAGUGGAAAGAUUGGAAAAGAUCAAUGAUGCUCUUUGCAGUGAGUACGAGUGUCGACGGCGGAUGUUGAUGAAGAGGCUUGAUGUGACUGUGCAGUCUUUUGGCUGGUCUGAUAGGGCAAAGGUGAAAACAGAUGAAAUAGCCCGGAUCUACCAGCCCAAGCGCUACGCACUGUCUCCAAAGUCCACCGUUACACUAGCUCACCUUCUUGCUGCUCGCGAGGAUCUGUCCAAGAUCAUAAGGACCAGUAGUGGGUCAACACGGGAGAAGACUGCCUGUGCUAUCAACAAGGUUCUGAUGGGGAGAGUCCCUGAUCGUGGAGGCAGACCAACAGAGAUUGAACCACCUCCUCCUGAAAUGCCUCCAUGGCAAAAAAGACAAGAAGGUGGUGGAAGAGGUGGCUGGGGAGGUGGUGGUGGUGGAAGGGGUAACUGGGGGGGUGGAGGGGGUAGAGGAGGAGGAGGUGGAGGUUUCAGAGGGGGUGGAAGAGGUGGGGGAGGCUUCCAGGGUGGGGGAGGCUUCCAGGGUGGGGGAGGCUACCAAGGUGGGGGAGGCUACCAAGGUGGGGGAGGCUACCAAGGUGGAGGUGGCUUCCAAGGUGGCAGGGGAGGCUAUGGUGGCAGGGGAGGCUAUGGUGAUCCGUAUGGUGGAAGGGGAGGGGGAGGCUACCGAAGAUACUGAAGUACUGUAAAUCUUAACAGAGUAACUGGCAGAAUAUAGUGGUGGUGUUUACUGGUACUAGGAAUUUAGAUAUGUUGACUUGGGUUUAGGUUAGAAUUAAGUAUGACCAUAUGAGUAAUUUCAUUAGACCAACUGAUGUUCUCACUGAGUUGUUUUAGUUAACUGAAGUUUUAUACUAAAAUCUGAUGACUGAAGUCCUUGUUUUUCGUACUGCUUAUAUGGUGUUUUUUAUUAUGUCAUUUUAUUUAAAAUAAGUCUCAGAAAACUGAAUAAAACCCUUUCUAAACAAACUAAAAUAUGUUAAUGGUCAGACCUCUCUAGUUAUUGCAUGUUGCAUUUCUACUCUCCUGCUCCAAAAUGUUGUGUAGAAAAAACAAAGUAGGCCUAAGAACUGGAUGAAACCACUUUUAAAAGACUCAAGAAUGCUGCUUUCAGGCUUGUUCCUUCAGGUCAUUGUUUUUCAUUCAUAGUUUUCAUGAAAAUGAAUUCAUGAAUUCAUUCAUGUAAAUGAAUUUUAAUUUCAAAUGUUAAAAUCCUUAAGGCUUUGGUAAAAAUUAUUCAGUUAGAUUUGAUUCUUGCAGAACUUCACAUUUUAGUAACAUUGUGAAUGAAUACUCUGCAUAAAUUAAUUAGAUCAGGUUGUUUUUUGUGUUCAUAAUGUAUCAGACACUCUUUAAUGGUCAAAGCAUGUACUGUAAACUCAUCAUAGUGAGUUUUGAUAGUGUCUUAUUUUCAUUUUACCUGUUUUCCAUUGCGGGUGUUUCAUAAAAAAAAUAAUUAAACCAGAUUGGGCAGAAAACCUGCAGCCAUCACGUCUACCAUCAAAUAUACAUGAAUUUACACCAUCACGGUAUAAAUUCAUGUAUAUAUCCUUGUGUGUCAGCUUUGAGACACAAAGCUGGAAUAAGCUGAGCUUUGUAAGAAAGAACAUGACAUUUCUUCUCACCUUUUUUUCUUUCCCUUUGUUUUUUUUAAAUUAUUCUCUUCUCCCUUGCCUGCUCUGUCUGGGAAUCACCAAUUGUCUGGUUAGUCAGUUAACAAGACACCUCAUGCACAUCACUUUCUCGAAGUGAUUUCUGUCUCUGCCAACCUAAAAGAAGCCCUGUCUUGACAUGGUCUGGGUGCCUUCUCCCUCACAUACACUGUUAGUCUAGAAGGAGUUAGCUGACAUACCAUCGUGGCUGUAAAUAUAUGUAAACAGGAAUUAAAUUUAACGCUGUCACUUGAAGAAGUCAGUUUCUGCUGGCCAAUAUCUUUUAGAUCUCCCAUGUUGUGAGGCCACUCCUGGGUACAGAGGUAGGAAGGGGCUGCUGCCUGAGUAAGUUCUAAUGACAGCAUUUAUCAGGGUCGCUACAGAGAUUCAGGAAGGGAUCUGAUGAACCUGGUGUGUCUGAUGAUUAAAUUGCACAGCAGACUUGAAGCACUUGUAACUGUAGGCAUAACUGCAGGUUGAACUUUAGGAUUUGAUUUUGGAUUUAUAUUUCUCAGUUACAAGUUCUUUCUGCACAAAUUUCCUAUUGGUGUCCAUUGGUAUGCUUUAAAGGUGUUUUUUUACCUUCAUAAACAUACAUAUCACGUCCUGUUUCAUUGGCAACUUCAUGAUGAGUUUAAAGUUCUGUUCCUAAUCAAAUUACUAUCUUUCAAAAGCUUUUCUUCUGUUAUUUCCUCUCAUCAGUUUGCUUGAGAGCGCUGCUUCUAAUAUGAUGUAUAUGACUUUACUUGGGUUUUAGGGUCGCAGCAGGUGCCUGACAAAAAGAAGCAGAAGUUUUGCUUGCUAGAACAUGUUAGCUGGGAUGUGAACUUUUCCAAUAAUGGCUUAAUGUCACCCAACUGCUAGCACUGUAGUUCCUUUGCCAAAUUUCUCUAUGCUUCUUACUGGCCUAAGCUCUUGGCAGCCUCUGCAGUUGUAACAGAGACCCCUCAUGGGUCACAUGGGAGCACAGUAAUGGUCUCUUGAUUCUGAGCUUGGUUUUUGCCUAAGGCUCUGGAAUAGCUCCCAAACCAAUGACAUACCAAAUGAGACUGCUGGCCUUGGAGCAAAGUGUUGGUCAGCAAAGGAAUAGAGAGUAGUUUUUACCAACCAAAGCCUUAAGAUUAAAUUCUGUUUGCUCAUCCCAAUGUUACUUUUUGCUACAAGUUAUCAGCAGUCAAGCAUGUGGCUUCAUCAAGGAACUACACUUGGAGAAACAAACGACUUGCCUAUGCUUAAAGGUUUCAUUAGUCUUAGGAUGCAAGAUUGCAGCAUUUUAGUUGGAUUGUUGUAACUGAAAAUGUGGAUGUGCCUUGGUGUUUUUACACUCAUCAAUCCAUCCUGUUUGUUAGUAGGCAGGACAGUUCUGAAUGAAGUAAAUCAUCAAGUGAAGCAGGUACAUGCCCACUUCAAUUCUAACAGUUAAAUUAUUUCAGUAUCAUAUUUUAGUUAUGUGUAUGUAGACCAUGUAAAAUAUAGAAAUACAAAUAUGCUGGAGAUUUUCUUUUUUAAUCUGGCUGCUUCAGUCUUUCUUAAAUAACUUCAAAAUGUGAAGCUGGUAGUUAAAAAAAUAAAAUAAGCACCACCAUAUUUCAUGGAGAUAUCCUUUGCUGUCCUUUUGUCAGAAUGUAUGCUUUUAAUUUCUCAAUCAAUGCAAUAAUACUAUGAAAGUAAUUGAUUUAAACCUCAAGUUUUGUCUGGAAAAAAAAGUUUUUUCAAAAAUUUUGUUGUAAGUAAAAGAUUUUCAUAUAUAUGUCUGUGAACAUUUUGUGUUUAUUAGCACUUAAUGGAUACCUAAGUUAAUAUUGUUUUGUUUUUUGAAGAUCUGAAAAAAAAAGGUUGGGGAUUUUUUUCAGGAAUUGAGAGACGCUUUUGUCAACAACAGUAAACACUGAGGAAUAAAGUAAUGUAUUUGAAAUUA